AUGGAUGGUCAGCGACAACAACAGUAUAUACCAGUUCAACCGCCUCCCUCAGCGCAAGCCUCCCAGUCGCACAUACUACUUCCUCCCCCACCUCCACGAUAUCAGCCAGCACAAGCUCAGGGCGUAGUGCCCCCACCACCUCCUGGGCCCCCUCCAGGAACAGUGUUUGGGGCCGCAAAGUUAACCAAUCCACAAGUGCAGCCUCAAAACACUCUUGGAUGGCAGCAGAACUGGGCAGCAAGGCAAGCGCUGUCCCAAGGCUAUCUUCCUCCCCCGCCUCCCCCCCCAUUGGUCCCCGCGAACCAACAACUCUACAACCGUACACCACUAUCAAUCCCCUCUGGCGAAGGUCGGACAUCAGCAACGUAUGUCCCACAACCGGGUACCUUUGGGCCAGGUGUUGGAAUACCUGCAUUCGACGCGCACUCUCUCCCUACAUAUGAGAACCAAGGAACGCUAGUGGGUAGCGAUCGACAACGGCCCCAAGUUAGUCAACUAUACGAAUAUUCUAGCCCGGAUUCUGCAUACAAACGAGAUGGAACCGUUCCAGCUACACCGUCAGCGCGCACCAUGCCGUCGGCUCCAGCAGCUAUUGACGGCGCCCAUGAGCAACUACCGAGCCAAGGGCAACCUACAGAACUUACUAAGUCCUCGAGCCACCGCCAUAAUAACAGCAACACCUUACCCGGUGGCAUGUCACCUAGCGAGGCUGCUGCUCAAUGGCCGCUCGAAAGGGUCCUGAUGUGGCUUGCGAAGAACGGUUUUUCCAACGACUGGCAAGAAACUUUCAAGGCCCUGGAGCUUCAAGGAGCUGAUUUCAUUGAACUAGGCCAUGGUUUAAAUGGCCGGCCGAACUUAGGUAAAUUGCACAAUGUUGUAUAUCCUCAACUCGCGAAAGAGUGCGAAAACAGCGGAACCGGGUGGGAUCAGGCUCGCGAACGGGAGGAGGGAAAGCGUAUGCGCAAGUUAAUCCGCCAAAUACAGGAGGAUGGUGGGUAUGAUGCCGGGAUACCCAUCCCAAAGCAACGUGAAUCGCAAGCGCUACCUGGCGGUGUUCCUGAGGGGGUCCUAGAGGCUUCUCCCAAUUUUGCACAUGAACCUGCAUCUGCCGGUCCUAGUUCGGGGACCGCAGCGAAUAGUCCCAACCUCAAAACAUUACAGCCUGUCUAUACUCAACGACAAAGCGUGCAAACACGUUCUUUCACCACGCCAAUCCCCACUACCUAUGACCAUCAGGCGUCAGACCCCAGCUUGAACGAUAGUACAAACUGUCCUCGAUCGGACUUCUCCCGAGCUGCUCUAUCGACUAUCGGUGGUGACCACCGAAGGCAGAGUCCUUCGGUUUCUAGUGAGGGUGGGCAUUUCUUCCCCCCUGUUCGACCAUACGAAGAUAGCCCUAAGAGUGGCAGCCCGGCUACACAGCAUGCCACUCUUGCCCACCAGGGUGCUUCGUCAUCUACUGGUGACUUGGGGGUUAAAUUUGAGCACUCUCGUGGCAACAGCUCCGACUCCAUCACCGGCCGCCGAUAUUAUGAAUCAGUACGGCAGGAUAAUUCCCGACCGUCCCCUCAGGAUUCCUACAAUCGUCAGUUGGGGGGGGAUAACCCCUCGUCUUAUUCAAAGGACCAUAGUAAUCGUCUUUUGCAUUUCUUCAAAAAGAGGUCAAAAACCGGUGAUUCUAAUCACCCAUCUCCAGAGGAGCAGUUUCUGGAGUCCCCCACUAGUCCAGUGAACAUGCGUCAGAAUGCUUCGCAUCUUCCUUACACUCGCCCUAAUUUCAGCAGCAGUGACAUGUCCCUAGGUGAACGCCCGUCAUCUUCGUCCGUAUCAGACCACGAGCGACUAGCCCGUGCGAAGUCUGCACAAAAAGGGAAAAGGUGGGCCUUUGUGACCUUAGAUGGAUGGAACUAUCGUUUAGUGGACAUCACCGACAUGGAAUCCGCGGAGAACUUGCGUGCUGCUAUCUGCCAGAACCUUGGGAUAUCUGAUUGGGUCGGUUCCCAAAUUUUCUUGACCGAGCCGGGGCAGACAGACCAUGACGAGCCCUUGAAUGACGCCAACUUGACUCUUUGUAGGAGAACAAAGUCGGAUUCAUUUGGUUCUCUGAAACUCUUUGUGCGAGGAUCAUCAAAUACGCCUACAGGCGCUAACAGUUCCCCGCAAGUCGCUGGCCUUGGAGUUUCAUUCCCUGAAAAGCUUACGGCAUCGCCCACAAGCACACAUCAGCUCCACCGUAAACCACUGGAUGACGAAGCUUUGAAUAGGAUCGCAAAACCCACUUCUCCACAGAUAGCUUCACGCCAACAGUUACGAACCCCCGCCGUUAAACUCCCCACUCGUGAUGUAUCUCAAGCUUCACUUGCGGCAUCACCAGUGGAUGGUGGCCAGGACGCAGGGAAUCUCCUUGAUCCAGAUAAAGCAGAUCUACUAGCUCGCCAUGAGGAACACCAGCGGGAAGUCGAAAGGAAACAGAAGGCCUACCGGAUCUCCAAAGUCUCAUCGGUACCGCAACCGAGAAAGGAUGCCUAUGGUGAGACUGGCUAUAGACGAGAGGGGGUGAUUGACUUUGAUUCGCCACGUAUAUCUCCUUAUGAAGACAAAAAGGCAGAGCCUCUGGUGCCGCUACGAAAACCUCCCACUGCGCCUCAUGAAUCCCAUACUCUCACCAAGGUUAAUUCUCUACGGAAGAAAGAUGCCGACCGCCCUCGCGUUCAACCGCCCGUUCAAACUCAUGGCCUUGGAGCGGUUCUAGCUAGUGUUGGUAGGAUGACUAGUGCUAUAGGAACACCAGCGCCUUCAGUAUCUACAUCACAGGGAGAUGCAAGUCACCCUGUCAACACCGGACAGCCAACCGAUACUAGUAUCCCAGACGAGUCAAGAAACACCUCACAGUCGCCUGCGGGACAAGACAGCCAAGAGACUCCAACAUCGCAUAUCAGUCAAUCACCUAAGACUGCUACGCCUGAGGAACCCCGGCCAACGAUACAAUCUCGCAAAUCUUUUGGGCCCGAGUUUGAUUUCGAGGAAACCAACGUGUCCUUCCAACGUUCACCUAUGCCACGGGAGGAAUCCGAAGACGAUUCAGAUGAUGGUCUUUUCGCAAUUCCAUUAGCAAAUAGCAAAUCACCGAUAAAGGAGAAAGGUUCUAUGGCUAGUUUUUCGGCUAGUCAAAAGUUAUCAGCAAAACCAUCCCUUACUGUAAACACCGAGAAUAGGUUGAGAAAGGGACUGUCCGUGAGCUUCAGGUCACCUAGUGCCACCCGCGAAACCUUUGCCUCAGGCGGCGAUCCAGACCCUCGAACAGGGUCAGUUUCCGAUAUGACCACUUCGCCUGAGGAAGAGAAACCCCCUAGGAGAGAUUCAUUCGCUCGAGGGGAUGUCUGGGCAAGCAGGCCUCCUGUAGAAGGCGUCAUUGAAUACCUGGAUGACUUCUUCCCUAAUAUUGAUCUUGAUGCGCCUUAUCUUGACGGGCAGGGAGCAUCUCCUCCCUCGUCACCAGCUAGUCGAGUUGCGCAUGAGAAUGAGCUGAUUCAGAAGGAAAAACCACAGCCCCCUCCUAAUCCUCCUGACAACACAUUAGGGUCGAGCGAGCCGACUAUCAAGGCACAAGAUCCCAAUAUCGUUGCUCGACGUAACGUCAACCGCUCCGGCGGACUUACCCGAAUGAAAUCAAUCCGUGAAGUUGCCAGGGGGGCCAAUCAAGCCAGCAGAAAUCGGAGUGUUACAUCUUCUACCGGGAAUCAGAAAUCUGGCGAUAUUCUCCGUCGUAAAAGUACGAAGAUGUUCGGAGCAAGGAUCAUGCAAAUCAGCCCUAAACCUGGAAGCCGACUCAGCCAGCUUGAUCCUAUUCCUCAAAACAAUGCUCCUUCUGCAAAUGUACCCCAGAGGCAGCCCACUUUCCGCAUCAUUCGCGGUCAGCUCAUCGGCAAAGGGACAUACGGCCGAGUCUAUCUAGGUAUGAAUGCGGAUAAUGGUGAAGUCUUGGCUGUUAAGCAGGUGGAAAUCAAUCCUAGAAUUGCCGGGCAAGACAAGGAUAAGAUGAAGGACAUGGUCGCUGCUAUGGACCAAGAAAUUGACACAAUGCAGCACCUUGAACAUCCAAAUAUCGUGCAGUAUCUGGGAUGUGAGCGAGGAGAGUUGUCUAUUUCAAUCUAUCUCGAGUACAUUUCCGGUGGCUCCAUCGGCAGCUGUCUCCGCAAACAUGGUAAGUUUGAGGAGAGUGUCGUGAAAUCUCUUACACGGCAAACCUUGAGCGGACUGGCCUACCUUCACGAUCAGGGUAUCCUACAUCGCGACCUGAAGGCGGACAAUAUUCUUCUUGAUCUGGAUGGGACGUGCAAGAUAUCUGAUUUCGGCAUCUCUAAGAAGUCGGACAACAUCUAUGGGAACGACUCGACAAAUUCCAUGCAAGGUUCAGUAUUCUGGAUGGCGCCAGAAGUCAUCCAGUCUCAGGGACAGGGUUACAGCGCUAAAGUGGAUAUUUGGUCUCUUGGAUGCGUGGUGUUGGAGAUGUUCGCAGGCCGACGACCAUGGAGCAGAGAAGAGGCUAUCGGUGCUAUAUUCAAGCUCGGUAGCCUUAGUCAAGCGCCUCCUAUCCCUGAAGAUGUCUCCAUGAAUAUCAGCCCAGCGGCGCUUGCGUUCAUGUAUGACUGCUUUACUAUUGAUUCACUCGAUCGCCCGACCGCCGAGACUCUCCUCACCCGUCAUCCCUUCUGUGAACCAGAUCUGAAGUACAAUUUUCUCGACACUGAACUUUAUGCCAAGAUCCGUCAUGUUCUCUAG